CUGAUCAGACGCUGGAUCCGUGUCUUUGCUGUCGGGCUGUAAGGUGGGACAUGCCCUCGUGCUGAAGAACAGGAAGCGCGCGCAGUCUCGUGAAUCGGGCUCGGGAUCGUCAGCAUUGGGAAAGAGCGGAUUGCAGCAGCCGGAUCGCCGUCCUGGAGCUGCGAUGUGAGUCAGCUUUAAAAGUGAUAACCUGGACAAGCAACAGGACUGUGUAAGAACUGGGAAAAAAAGAAGACGACAGCCCUGUGUUUUCUGUUUUACACCUGGCUGUUUGAGUUAGCUGGGUGCCAGCCCGGUCCGGGCACCUGCAGCUCUGUACAGUAUGAUGGAGCCCCUGACAGACCGCCCCCUGUCGGCGGGGGGAUCGGUGCGGGACAAGCUGGCGACCUGCUGCUCCUACAGAACCCUGAAAGCGUGGCUGCCCAUCCUGCAGUGGCUGCCCAGGUACAAGCUCACCUGGCUGCAGAUGGACCUGAUCGCCGGGGCAACAGUGGGGCUGACCACAGUGCCUCAGGCCCUGGCCUACGCUGAGGUGGCUGGGCUACCUGUACAGUACGGCCUGUACUCCGCCUUUAUGGGCGGCUUCAUCUACUGCGUCCUGGGGACGUCUAAGGACAUCACCCUGGGCCCCACCGCCAUCAUGUCCCUGCUGUGUGCCUCCUACAUCGGGGGAGACCCCGUUUAUGCCGUGCUGCUGACCUUCCUGUGCGGGGUCAUCCAGGCCUCCAUGGCCAUUCUGAGGCUGGGUUUCCUCCUGGACUUCAUCUCCUACCCGGUGAUAAAGGGCUUCACCUGUGCGGCUGCCGUCACCAUCGGCUUCGGACAGCUCAAGAACAUUCUGGGUCUCCGGGACAUUCCACAGCAGUUCUUCCUGGAGGUCUAUUACACCUUCCACAAGGUCCCCGAGGCCAGGGUGGGAGACGUGAUCCUGGGCGUGUCCUGCCUGGUGUUCCUGGUGGCGCUCACGCUGAUGAAACGCACCCUGGGGCCCGCGUCGGACGACCUGCCCGUCCACAGGCGUGCUGCGCGGGGCCUCGUGAGCGGCCUCGCCACAGUGCGUAACGCCUUGGUGGUGGUCGCUGCCACGUGUGCGGCGUACUCCUGGGAGCUGUCGGGACUCCACCCCUUCACCAUCACAGGAAAAAGCUCGCGUGGCCUGCCCGCCUUCGCAGUGCCGCCCUUCUCUGAGACCACGCCCAACGGCACAGUGAUCUCCUUCAGCGAGAUUGCGCUGGAUCUAGGAGGAGGCCUAGCUGUCAUCCCUCUCAUGGGUCUGCUGGAGAGUAUUGCCAUAGCCAAGGCCUUUGCCAGUCAGAAUGACUAUCGAAUCGAUGCCAACCAGGAGCUGUUCGCCAUUGGUCUCACCAACAUCAUGGGCUCUUUCGUGUCUGCGUACCCCGUCACUGGAAGUUUCGGAAGGACUGCAGUGAACUCUCAGACGGGGGUGUGCACUCCAGCUGGAGGUGUGGUCACUGGUGUGAUCGUGCUGCUCUCGCUGGCCUUCCUCAUGCCGGUUUUCUACUACAUCCCCAAGGCCUCUCUGGCUGCGGUCAUCAUCUGCGCGGUGGCCCCCAUGGCGGACUUCAGCGUGGUCUCAGAGCUCUGGCGGGUCAGGAAGCUGGACCUGCUGCCCUUCCUGCUCACCUUCCUGGUGAGUUUCUGGCAGGUGCAGUACGGCAUCGUGGGAGGAGUGCUGGUGUCAGGCGCCAUGCUGCUGUACGGCAUUGCCAGGCCAAAGCUAAAGAUUUCUGAUCACGAUGUUCUGGUCAUGGAGCUGGACAGUGGUCUGAACUUCCCGGCCACAGAGUACAUCAGCAGAGUGAUCUACAGAGAAGCUCUCAUGGCAUCCCCGCCCCGGUCGGUGGUGCUGGACUGUCACCACGUCUGCAGCCUGGACUUCACGGUGGUGCAGGAGCUCCGGGACCUUCUGCGGCAGUUCCAGCUCAGAAACGUCUGCUUGGUCUUCUCGGGUCUGUCGCACUCGGUGCUGGAGAUUCUGUUGGCUGCCGACUUGCCGGGCCUGAAACACACAGAAAGCGUGGAGGCAGCACUGCAGGCCCUCUCUGAGCUGUACUUCACAGAGGAACUGAACCACGUCAAACCUCUUCUGGGGAGAUGACAAUGGGACCAAUUACACCCAUGCCCAAAUCAACACACACAACUGUCUGCUGUUAUACAAGCCUGGAAAUCACGCACACGGCCAUCUGUGGCUGUACAAGCCUGAAAUCACACGUGCACCUGGGAAAAUUCACCGAUCCGUCUUUCUCCACAUCUCCUGAAGGCCUUGAAGAAACACUACUGAUUACAGGAAAUGCAGCACCACUGAACACUGGAAAAGUGAAGCCUGAGAAGCAGGGAAAGCUCACUGUCUGUAUUUCAGACGUUCACCUGUGAGAGGGGGGUGGGUGUACAGAGUGUGUUUCCAUAGCAGCGUAUGGUAAGAGAGCAUGCUCCUGGCCAGCCCAUAACCCUGCCCUUCCCACCAGUAAUGGGGUUGAUCGUUUUGGGCUGCAGCAUUGAAAUAAAAAAGCUUUAAAUUGUGAUUAUUGGAUGGUGCAAACAUUUGAUUUACUCUGACCCUCAGUCAGGGGUGACGGGACCCUAUGCAGUACUUCCUGAUUCUUAUCUCUGCAGGCCUCCCUGCUGAGUCACUGACAGCUCACAGCAUCACACAGCAUUACACAGCAUUACACAGCGUGUGCAAACUGCAGGGUGCUUUCCGUACCCCUGCAAGCUUCACGUCACUUGAAAAGCAUUAUGGGGCAGAUGCUUUAAAUGUGUGCAAAUCUGCUGUCCUUUCUCUGUGCAUCCCGCACAGUCUCUUACACUACCUCAACAGAUAUCGCACAAGACAUUUAUGAAUGAACGUUUGUGUUUCACUUCUCGUGGGGAUUUGACAUAUUAGGCGACAAUAUUGGAAACACUACUGUGAGCUGUGAAGUGAUGCCAUCAGGCGUUUCCUGCAGUCUUUCAUAUGGUAGGAUGAAGAGGGUACUGCUUCAUGUUCUGUAUGUUGAAAAAAGGUUUUAAUAGGGCGUAUGUGUUGUUCUGGAUGCUAGAGUAUGUAAAAUAUGUCAAAACAAACAAAGAGCUGUAUAUCUC